AUGUCAUCUUGUGAAAGUGAAAACCAAACAACCAAUUUGUGUAACGGUGAUCCAGAGAGAUUAAGUAGCGGUAACAAAUCUGAUCCAUACACUUGUGAUCUUCCAUUUUAUGUCUGUGAGUUUGUGGACAAAGAGGUUGGAAAUGAUUUCAAGUCUCUACGAAAAGUAGCCGCUCUUUUAGAAACUAUAUCAGGAGAGACCAAACACCUAGAAGAGCAGGUUCUUACUGUCUCUACUGAGGCUCCAAAGCGAAUUCAGGCUGCUUUAAACAAUGCAGAAGACACCAAAUCCUUUGUUGCUGCUCUUCUGGAAAGAGAGACGACUGUGUCUCAAUCCAUCAAUGAACACCUAAUGGAGGCUGCACCAUGGAUGGAAGACUUAGGAGCCUUAAUUCAACAGAUCAGUGAAGUGGAAUGUCAUCUAGCUUACCUGAAAUGGAUCUCACAAAUUGAGGAGCUAAGUGAUAACAUUCAGCAACAUCUGAUGACCAACAAUGUUUCUGAAGCUACAAAUACAAUGGUAUCAAUGGCUGAGCUAGCUAUUAAGCUCCAGGAUUCAUCUUGUACUCAUCUACUAAAAUUCAUCUGUUCCACUGUUCAGUUCUGGCACAAAAUUCUUAAGGACAAGUUAACAAGUGAUUUUGAAGAAGUGUUAAAUCAGUUACAUUGGCCUUUUGUGAGUCCACAUCAGCCACCAACACCAGUUUCCUCAACAUCUUCCUCAGUUGGAGCUAAUGAAGUUUACACUAACCUGCAAACACUCUUCACUCAACUUCUUAAGCUUCAAGUUUCAGAUGAACUAAUAAGUAAACCUAAACAGAUGCCAGAGAAAUUUUCCCUUCCAUCCUCUCCUCCUAUCAUUCUUCCUAUGCAGAUUAUGCUAGCUCCUUUGCAGAAGAGGUUCCGCUAUCAUUUUACAGGCAACAGGCAAACUAACCUUUUAAACAAGCCUGAGUGGUACUUAACGCAAGUCCUCAUGUGGAUUUCAAACCACACAAAGUUUUUGCUUGAGAAGAUUCAGCCUAUCCUGAUUAAGGCAGGCUCCUCAGUGAAUAUUAAGAUGGAGUUUACUCGUGGUCUGGUGUUGUUGGUGCUAGAGAAGUUAUCUGCUGACAUCCCAUGUUUGUUGUAUGAUGAUGUCCUCUACUGCCAUUUGGUAGAUGAGGUGCUUCUGUUUCUAAGAGAACUACACUCAGCACAUGGCUACCUGAACAAUAUGCCAAACUGCAUGCACAUUCUAUCUGAGGACACCUUCUUUCAGCGAUGGCUAACUGUGGAAAGGAAAUUGGCUCUAGAGAAGAUGGAUUCCAUGUUAUCUUCAGAGGCUGCCUGGGCUUCUCAGUACAAGGAUAUUAGUGAUGUGGAUGAAAUGAAGUUUCCAGAUUGUGCAGAGACAUUUAUGACUCUACUUCUUGUUAUUACAGACAGGUAUAAGAAUCUGCCCACAGCGGAAAAGAAGCUGAAGUUCCUGGAACUGCAAAAGGAGCUGGUUGAUGACUUUAGGAUCCGUCUAACACAAGUGAUGAAGGAAGAGAGCCGAGCUUUGCUAGAUCCUAAAUACUGUGCGAUACUCAAUGCUGUCAACUACAUAGCAGCUGUGCUAGCUGACUGGGCUGACAAUGUUUUCUUCUUACAGCUUCAGCAGGCUGCACUGGAGGUUUGCACUGACAUUCAUUCUAGCAGUAAGCUUCAGCUGGGACAGCUGGCUUCUAUGGAAAUAUCUGUCUUUGAUGAUAUGAUUAACCUACUUGAGAGACUGAAGAAUGACAUGCUAAGUCGUCAGGUAGAACAUGUGUUCAGAGAAGUAAAAGAAGCAGCAAAGAUGUACAAGAAAGAAAGGUGGCUUUCACUGCCGUCACAAUCGGAACAAGCUGUGAUGUCACUAUCUAGCACAGCCUGCCCUAUGCUGCUAGCACUCAGAGAUCGUCUCCUUCAGCUGGAGCAACAGCUUUGUCAUACUUUGUUUAAAACUGUCUGGCAGAUGCUUGCAGAAAAAACUGGAUUUGUUCAUUUAUCAAGAUAUUAUUUUGGCAAAUCAUUUUAAUGAAGGAGGAGCAGCACAACUGCAGUUUGAUAUGUCCCGGAAUCUCUUUCCUUUAUUUUCGCACUACUGUAAGAGGCCAGAGAAUUACUUUAAGCAUGUGAAGGAGGCAUGCAUUAUCCUCACCCUUGGUAUAGGUCCAGCGCUGCUCCUGAGGGAUGUGCUACAGACUGCAGCACACAAUGUGGAUAGUACCGACAUCAACAGCAAAGUGCCCUCUGCUACUGCAGCUCUGAAUGAACUUGGAAUAUACAAGCUGGCACCACAAGAUGUAGAAAUUCUGUUUAAUCUAAGGACCAAUUGGCCAAACACUGGAAAAUAA